AUGGUGCCGAAGAAGAAGCAGCCGGCCUCGAAGCAGAAGCAGAAGCCCAAGUCCUCCUCAUCCGCAGCCACCGCCGCGCCGCGCCUCCAGAUCUCGUCGGAGAACGAGCGCCGCCUCCGCCUCCUCCUCCUUAACUCCUCCGCAGCAUCCACCCCCUCCUCGGCACCUGCCGACGGCCCGGAAGCCCGCGGCGAGUCGAGGGAGCAGAAGGCGCGGCGGCUGCGUGGCGUGUACGACAAGCUCGCUCUCGAGGGCUUCUCCUCCGCGCAAAUCGAGCAGGCGCUCUCCGCGAUACCCGAUUCGGCGACGUUUGAAUCGGCGUUGGACUGGCUAUGCUUUAAUCUGCCUGGCGAUGAGCUCCCCCUCAAGUUCUCCAGCGCUGGCACCAGCACCACCUCUCUCGCAGGAGCUGAAGGUUCUGUUAAAGUACUGUCCACAGCCAAGGACAAUUGGGUGCCACAGAGUCGUGAACCUGAGGAGGUGAAGGUGAGCACUGAGGGGUUGGAAGUUAGAAUCGGUGGGCGGAGAGAUGAGAAUGUGUCACUGGAUGAUGGGCGAUCGUCGCAAGCUGCAUGGAUUCGUCAAUACAUGGAACAGCAAGAGGAGGAGGAUGAUGCAAAUUCCAAUGAUUCCUCCACAUGGGAAGAUCACUGCUUACAAAGUUUUGAAGUUGUCGAAGCAAAACCAAGUAGGCGGAAGAGCAAGGCCGCAAAAAAGAAUUCCAAGCAUGGAAGCUUGAAGGAACAAAUAAGCCAUUCUGCCAAUUCUGUAUCUUCAAAUUCUGAAACUGCAAAUGUCGAGGGUGUUCAAAAUGAUUUAGAGGCAAGUGAGAAAAGAUCUGAGAAUCUAGGCAAUAUUGAUGAAGGAUCUGAUUUGAAAAAGGCAAUUCCUAAGGAUAUGGAUAAAACUUGUACAAAGGAGGUAGAUGAAGAGGUGGUAGAGCUUGAUAACAUGUUCUUUGAAGACUCAUCUGCUUGGGAGGCAGUGGCUCCAGAAAUCUUGAAACAGCAACAAAUAGAGAAAUUAUCGCAUGAUGGUUAUGGCCAUCUUCUUGGAAACAUAGAUGAUAUAUGGAAGAAGGGAGAUUCUGGUAAAAUGCCGAAAGCUGUUCUACAAAAGUUUUGUCAAAAGCUUGGUUGGGAAGCUCCAAAGUAUAAUAAAAUAUCUGAGAGAGAUGGUAAAUUUGUAUAUUCUGUUGAUGUGUUGCGGGGAGCUACUGGCCGUGGUAAGAGUCGGAAGGCUGGAGGCUUGACGAAAAUCCAGUUACCUGAACUAGACGAAGAAUAUGGAUUUGUUCAGGAAGCACAAAGUCGAGUUGCAGCUUUUGCUCUAUAUCAAUUCUUUGCUGACCUUCCACUACGCCAACUGCUUACUGAGCCAUACUCAUCACUUAUUUUAAGAUGGCAAGAAGGUGAAUUGUCGUCUACAUCAAGGGUGCUGGAUACUGAGGAUAGCCGAAGAUCUGGCUUUGUAGACAUGUUAUUGAAUAUUGAUGCAGAUACAAUUCCUUCAUCUGAAAUAGAAAAUUCUUCUACUGAUGGCAUAUCUAUGGAUUCUGUGAAUACUGAAGGCAGCAAAUCUAUGAAUGAGAAGAGACAGACUACCAUGAUGAGUUGUAUGGGAUUGAAAUCAGCAGAGCAUGCAGAGAGUGCAAUUUUGAAAAAGCAGUUGGAAGAUAAAAGGAAGCUACCAAAUUACUUGAAAAUGCUGGAAGCAAGAGCUUCUCUACCAAUGGCUAGACAGAAGCAACACUUCCUACAGUUGCUGAAAGAGAACGAUGUAGUUGUUGUUAGUGGAGAAACUGGAUGUGGGAAAACAACUCAGGUGCCACAGUUUAUUUUGGAUGACAUGAUUGAAUCUGAACUUGGAGGUUCUUGCAAUAUAGUUUGCACACAGCCCCGGCGGAUAGCGGCUAUUUCUGUGGCCGAAAGAGUAUCUGAUGAAAGGUGUGAAUCGUCACCUGGAUCGAAUGAUUCACUGGUCGGAUAUCAAGUUCGUCUUGACAGUGCACGGAAUGAGAGGACAAAGCUUUUGUUCUGUACUACUGGUAUCCUUCUUAGAAAACUGUCUGGAAACAGAGACUUAAGUGAUGUUACUCAUGUUGUUGUUGAUGAAGUACAUGAACGUACAAUUUUGAGUGACUUCCUGCUUAUUGUUCUUAAGAAUCUCGUUGAGAAACGCUCCAAUCAACAAGGAAGGAAGUUGAAAGUGAUUCUCAUGUCUGCGACGGUUGAUUCAAGCCUAUUUGCACGAUAUUUUGGAGAAUGCCCCGUGAUUAGUGUUGAAGGAAGAACACAUCCAGUGUCAACUCACUUCCUUGAGGAUGUUUAUGAGAAAAUGGAGUACUGUCUUGCAUUGGAUUCUCCUGCAUCAGGAGCAUACUUCGCACAGCAUGGGGAAAAGUGGAAGCAUGCUAGCAGCUCAGUGAAUAACCGUCGAGGAAAAAGGAACCUUGUCUUAUCCUCAUGGGGCGAUGAGUCAACGCUUUCUGAAGGCUAUAUUAACCCUCAUUAUAUUUCUGAUUACUAUAAGUCAUAUAAUGAGAGAACCAACCAAAAUCUAAAACGCUUGAAUGAAGAUGUGAUUGAUUUCGAUCUAUUGGAAGACUUGAUAUGCUAUAUUGAUGAGAACUGUCCUCCUGGUGCUAUUCUUGUUUUUCUUCCUGGAGUUGCAGAGAUUGACUUGUUGAUUGAUAGAUUAUCUGCUUCAGUUAGAUUUGGAGGGGCAUCAUCUGAUUGGAUCCUUCCUUUACAUUCACUACUUGGACCCUCUGAUCAAAGGAAAGUGUUCCAGUCUCCACCAGAUAACUUCCGCAAGAAAAUGUCAAGCAUAGUUGAAGAUUGGAUUUCUCGUGCAAAUGCAAAACAGAGACGGGGUAGGGCUGGUCGUGUGAAGCCUGGUUUCUGUUUCUGUUUGUAUACAAGGCAUCGGUUCGAAAACAUCAUGCGGCCAUUUCAGGUGCCUGAGAUGCUACGGAUGCCUUUGACUGAGCUGUGCCUGCAAAUAAAAUCACUUCAUCUUGGUGACAUCAAAUCCUUCCUGCUAAAGGCAGUAGAGCCCCCUAAUGAAGAAGCUAUUUCCUCUGCAGUUGACUUGUUAUACAAGGUCGGAGCAUUUGAAGGACAUGAAGAGUUGUCACCUCUUGGGUAUCAUCUGGCAAAACUGCCUGUUGAUGUUUUGAUUGGAAAGAUGAUGCUUUAUGGUGCUAUCUUCGGUUGUUUAUCACCAAUUCUGUCUGUUGCUGCUUUUCUGAGUUAUAAAUCUCCAUUUCUCUCUCCAAAAGAUGAGAAGCAAAAUGUGGAGAAAGCAAAAGCCACAUUAUUGAAUGAGAACCUCGAUGGAUCUACUUCUGUAACAGAUAAUAAACAAUCAGAUCACCUGCUAAUGGUAAUUGCAUACGACAAAUGGUCCCGGAUACUGCUACAGAAUGGUGCUAAAUCUGCUCGUCAGUUUUGCCAUUCAUUCUACUUGAAUAAUACUGUGAUGCACAUGAUCAGGGACAUGCGUCUUCAGUUUGGUACAUUGUUAGCAGACAUUGGACUUAUAGAUCUUCCUAAAGAUAGUCUGAGGCCUAAGGAGGGGAGUAGGAAAAAUAAUCUCGAGAGCUGGUUUUCUAAUAUGUCUCUUCCAUUCAAUACAUAUGCUCGCUGCACCUCAGUUAUUAAGUCAGUUAUGUGUGCAGGUCUAUACCCAAAUGUUGCUGCAUCUCUAGAGGGUGUUGAUCCUGGAGCUCUAGGUGGAAGAAAGCCAUCUGAUGUUCUGUUCAGUAAGGACCGUCCUAGAUGGUAUGAUGGAAGGCGAGAAGUCCAUAUACAUCCAUCAUCUGUUAAUCACAGCUUGAAAGCUGUUCAAUAUCCAUUUUUGGUGUUUCUUGAAAAGGUUGAGACGACGAAGGUGUUCUUACGUGAUACUAGCGUCGUUUCCCCGUACUCACUUCUUUUGUUUGGUGGUUCCAUGGUAAUCCAACAUCAGACAGGAGUGGUUGUUAUAGAUGGAUGGUUGAGGCUGUCUGCUGCUGCACAGACUGCUGUUUUAUUCAAGCAACUUCGGAUAACUCUUGAUGCUGUUCUAAAAGAACUGACAAGAAAACCAGAGAUGGCAACUUUUGUUGACAAUGAAGUGGCUUUGGAUCAAUAUCGGUUCUGCCAAUGUGCACGUUCCACAGAGUCUGCACAGCAUUCUUAUUGCACAAUGUGGCUGAUUGCUAAUGUGGAAGCUGCAGAGCGGAAAAGGAGGUUUGCUAUAUAUUGA